AAAGGGGCGGAAAGCUGCGAGUGUGUAUCACUGACUAGACCCUAACAAACAUGAAUGGACUUUAAUUGUUUGCAGAUAUUUUUUUAAAGUCAGAUAUAUACCAAAUACUGUGCACGUUGACGUUUUGUUGCUUGAACGAAAAUCUAUAUAUAGGAACAGGUCCGCUUAGUCCAUGGCACGUUUAUAUGAGUAGGUGAUACUUUGUGGGAAUUUCUUUCGUUCGUGAUUUCCGUGGUUUGAAUCUUUUACUGCCAUGGCUCUGGUGGUGUAUCUGAAAUCGGUUUCGGAUCUUCCCGGUAAAGGAGACCGACUCGCCAAAGUCUCAUUCCGAGGUCAGUCCUUCUACUCACGUGUCCUGGAGAACUGUGAGGAAGAAGCCAGGUUUGAGGAGGCAUUUCGUUGGCCAGUUGCCAGUAAAGUGGAUGGUAAUGAGAUGUUGGAGAUCCAUAUAUACAACUACAGCAAAGUCUUCACUAACAGGUUGAUUGGCAACUUUCGCAUGGUCCUACAGAAAGUGGUAGAAGAAGGCCAUUUGGAGGUGUCUGACACUCUUACUGAUGACAACAACACAUCAGUUCUGACAAGUAUCGCCAUAGAGAUCAGGUACCAGCCGAUGGACGGGAGUGUGAGGGUGUGGAGUGAUGGCGAAUUCCUUGAUGUUCCCGAUGAUCGUGAAGGAAUGUUCCAGUUUGAGACAGAGAGCCUCCUUUCAGUACACAGCCAGAGCUCAGGAACAUCGCCAGGACGAUCAACAUACAGCAUCCCCACUUUAAGGAAAGCAGGAAAAGGAGUGUUUUCAGCCAUGAAGCUUGGAAAGGUCCGUAGCUCCAAAGACAACCACAAGAAAGAUGGUCCGGCCAUUUUGGAAACUGAGGAUCUUGACCAUAAAGGCAUGAAGCGUGAUCCUGACACUAUCUCCCUGGCCUCUAUUACUGCAGUGACCACUAAUGUCUCCAAUAAGAGAUCAAAGCCAGAUAUUAAGAUAGAGCCUGUUGCAGGAAGGCCUGUGGAUUACCAGAUUAGUGUUAUGGUGAUUGAGGCUCGCCAGCUAAUGGGUUUAAACAUGGAUCCAUUGGUGUGUGUAGAAAUUGGAGAGGAAAAGAAGUAUACAUCUAUGAAAGAGUCAACAAACUGCCCUUACUACAGUGAGUACUUUGUCUUUGACUUCCAUGUUCCACCUGAUGUCAUGUUUGACAAGAUCCUUAAGAUUUCGGUCAUUCAUUCAAAAAAUAUAUUGAGAAGUGGCACACUGGUUGGAAACUUUAAAAUCGAUAUAGGGACAAUCUACGCACAACCUGAACACCAGUUCUACCACAAAUGGGCCAUGCUGACUGACCCCGAUGACAUCACAGCAGGCUGCAAAGGCUAUGUCAAAUGUGACGUAGCAGUGGUAGGGAAAGGGGACAACAUUAAGACCCCACACAAGGCCAACGAGAUAGACGAUGAUGACAUAGAAGGGAAUCUUCUGCUGCCUGAGGGACUACCAGUAGAAAGGCAGUGGGCCCGCUUCUAUGUGAAGGUCUUCCGAGCAGAAGGUCUGCCAAAAAUGAAUGCCAGCAUCAUGGCCAAUGUGAAAAAGGCUUUAAUUGGAGAGAACAAAGACCUUGUGGACCCUUAUGUUUCAGUGCAGUUUGCUGGGCAGAAGGGAAAAACCUCAGUCCAGAAGGGCACCUAUGAGCCCGUUUGGAAUGAACAACUCGUCUUUACUGAGAUGUUCCCACCCCUGUGUAAACGCUUAAAGGUUCAGAUCCGGGAUUCCGACAAGGUUACCGAUGUUGCCAUAGGAACUCAUUUUAUUGACCUGCGCAAGAUUUCAAAUGAUGGAGACAAAGGUUUCUUACCCACGCUGGGGCCAGCCUGGGUGAACAUGUAUGGCUCCACACGCCAGUACACUCUAAUGGACGAGCACCAGGACUUAAACGAGGGGGUUGGAGAGGGUGUGUCCUUCAGGGCCCGCCUCCUCAUUAGUCUUGCUGUGGAGAUCUUAGACACAUCCUCUUCAGAUGUAAACAUCUCCUCUGAAGUCCAAGUGGAGCCCAUCCAAAAUGUCUCAGAAAUUUCACCAGGCAAAAUAGAGGAGUUUUUUUUGUUUGGAUCCUUCUUAGAGGCGACCAUGAUUGACAGGAAGAUAGGCGACAAACCAAUAAACUUUGAAGUCACUAUUGGUAACUAUGGUAACCAGAUUGAUGGUGCAAGCAAGCCAGUAAAAAAGAAGAAGAAGGGCAAAGGGGAUGGUGAUGAUGAGGAGUCUGAGCUGAUCCAUAACUCAAGUGAUGAAGAGGCUGAGGAGGAUGGGGAGCUGGCAUCAGUAUCCUCUACUCCUUCCAUGAAGCCUGUAAUCACCGACAGCAAUUACUUCCAUUUGCCAUAUUUUGAAAAGAAGCCUUGUAUCUACAUCAAGAGUUGGUGGCAUGAUCACAGAAGACGUUUCUAUAACUCAAAUAUUAUGGACAAGAUUGCAGAUAAACUGGAAGAGGGUCUGAAUGAUGUUCAGGAGAUUCUGAAGACAGAAAAGGCUUAUCCUGAACGCAGACUGAGGGGUGUUCUGGAGGAGCUGAGCACUGGCUGCAAUCGGUUUGUCACCCUGGCCAAUAAAGAUCAGAAUCAAGCUGGUAUAACCAAAUUGGAUCGGGAAAGGCUGAAAGCCUGUCUAAGAGAGAUGGAGAGCAUGGCCCAGCAGGCUAAGACAAUGCGCUCACAAGUAAAGAAAAACACUGUGCGUGACAAAAUAAAACUGGCGCAGAAUUUCCUGCAGAAGCUUCGGUUCAUGGCUGAUGAGCCUCAGCACAGUAUUCCUGAUGUAUUCAUAUGGAUGAUAAGCAACAAUAAGCGUAUAGCAUACGCACGCAUUCCUUCAAAAGACCUCCUCUACUCAAUUGUAGAUGAAGAGAUGGGUAAAGAUUGUGGGAAAGUCAAAGCUGUCUUUCUCCGGUUACCAGGAAAGAAGAGCUUUGGCCCAGCUGGCUGGACAGUUCAAGCUAAGAUGGAAUUGUAUUUGUGGCUUGGUCUGAACAAACAAAGGAAGGACUUCUUGAGUGGUCUGCCCAGUGGCUUUGAGGAAAACAAAGCAACUAAAAGCACAGGCCUACAGCCGGUGCCACCCAAUAACCUCAUCUAUAACAGUAUGCAAGUGUUCCAGCUAAGGGCUCACAUGUAUCAGGCUCGUAGCCUGUUUGCUGCUGAUGACAGCGGUCUGUCUGAUCCUUUCGCCAGGGUCUUCUUUUCCACAUACAGUCAAGUCACUGAGGUGCUCAGUGAGACUCUUUGUCCAACAUGGGACCAGUUGUUGGUGUUUGAUAAUGUUGAGCUUUACGGUGAAGCCAGUGAACUCCGUGAUGACCCUCCAAUCAUAGUCAUAGAAAUUUAUGACCAAGAUACUGUGGGAAAAGCAGAGUUCAUUGGCCGAACCUUUGCCAAGCCAUUAACUAAGAUGGUUGAUGAGCAUUAUGGGCCCCCACGCUUCCCACCCCAGUUGGAGUACUACCAGAUCUUUAGAGGAAACUCGACUGCAGGAGAGCUGCUGGCUGCCUUUGAGCUUCUACAGAUCGGGCCAGCAGGAGUAAAAGAUCUCCCUCCACUCGAUGGGCCAAAUGAUGAAGACCACGGCCCCAUCCUACCGGUGCCUCUGGGAAUACGGCCUGUCCUCAGCAAAUACCGCAUAGAGAUUCUGUUCUGGGGCCUGAGGGACAUAAAGAGAAUUAACCUGACACAUGUGGACAAACCUCGUGUGGACAUUGAGUGUGCUGGAAAAGGUGUCCAAUCAGCCCUCAUUCUAAACUACAAGAAAAAUCCAAACUUCAGCACUCUGGUGAAAUGGUUUGAAGUGGACCUACCAGAGAAUGAGUUACUCCAUCCUCCUCUGAAUAUUCGAGUGGUGGACUGCAGAGCUUUUGGACGUUACACAUUAGUGGGUUCACAUGCUGUCUCCAGCCUUCGGAGGUUUAUCUACACACCACCAGAUAAGAAGACCGACAACUGGGCCAAUACAGGUGAAAUCGUAAUCAACAUGAACCCUGAGGCCAAUGUUAAGAAGAUGGACACUGUGGUCAAAUUGGAUCCUACCUCUGAUGCUGUUGUUAAAAUUGAUUCGAAUGAGGAAGAAAAGGAGAAAGAGAAGAAGAAGAAGAAGAAAAAGAAGGGUGAGGAGGUAGAGGAAGAGGAGCAAGAUGAGAGCAUACUGGACUGGUGGUCAAAGUACUUUGCCUCAAUAGAGACAAUGAUGGAGAAACUGCGUGCUCAAGAAGCAGCCUUAGCCGAGGCAGAAGAGCGAGAGGACAUGGAGAUUGCUGCAGAAGUGGCUGAAAUCAGAGUUGAUCAAUCUCAUAUGAAAGGCAUCAAGACUAAAGAGAAAAAGGCCAAGAAGGACAAGAAGAAGAAUCAGAACAAUAGUGAAGCAGCGGAGAAAAAAGCUGCCAAACCAAAAAUAGAAGAACUUAUGGUGUACAAUAAAGAGCUUGAGGCUGAGUUUGAUGAAUUUGAGGACUGGCUUCACAGCUUCAACCUGUAUAAAGGAAAGGCUGGAGAUGAUGAUGAUACUGCUGCGAUGGAUGACGACCGAAUCAUGGGUCGAUUUAAAGGCUCAGUGUGUGUGUACAAGCUGCCUCUUUCAGAAGAAAUCACCAAAGAGCCUGGAUUUGAUCCCAAUAUGGGGAUGUUUCAGAAUAUACCACAUAAUGAUCCCCUUAAUGUCCUAGUGAGAAUUUACAUUGUUAGGGCAACAAACCUUCAUCCUACUGACCUGAAUGGGAAAGCUGAUCCCUAUGUUGUUAUUAAACUGGGAAAAACAGAGAUCAAGGACAAGGAGAAUUACAUCUCAAAGCAACUCAACCCUGUUUUCGGGAAGUGCUUUGAUAUUGAGGCCAGAUUUCCCAUGGAGUCGAUGCUGACAGUGUCAAUAUUUGACUGGGAUUUAGUUGGCACUGAUGACUUGAUUGGAGAAACCAAGAUUGAUCUGGAGAACCGUUUAUACAGUAAACACAGAGCAACCUGUGGCAUUGCGUCCACCUACUCUAUCCAUGGAUACAAUUUGUGGCGAGAUCCACAGAAACCAACUCAGAUACUCGCUAAGUUGUGUAAGGAUGGCAAGUUGGAUGGGCCACAUUAUGGCCCAGGUGGUAGAGUCAAGGUUGCAAACCGUGUCUUUUUGGGGCCAACAGAAAUCGAAGAUGAAAAUGGUCUGAAGAAGCCAACAGAUGAACAUUUGGCACUUAUUGCAUUAAAUCACUGGGAGGAAAUGCCUCAAGUAGGCUGCAAACUCAUCCCAGAACACAUAGAGACCAGGGCUCUUCUUCAUCCUGAGAAAGCAGGCAUUGAACAGGGGCGAAUUGAGAUGUGGGUCGACAUCUUUCCAGUGGAUGGACCUGCACCAGGACCUGCCUUAGACAUAACACCACGAAAACCAAAGAAAUAUGAGCUCAGGGUAAUAAUAUGGAAUACUGACGAGGUAAUUCUGGAAGACGAUGAUUACUUCACAGGGGAAAAAUCCAGUGACAUUUUUGUCAAGAGCUGGCUGAAAGGCCAAACAGAAGAUAAACAGGAAACAGAUGUGCACUACCACUCUCUGACUGGAGAAGGAAACUUUAACUGGCGCUUCGUGUUUCCAUUUGACUAUCUCGAGGCUGAGGAGAAAAUCGUGGUCUCUAAGAAAGAGUCCUUGUUCUCCUGGGAUGAGACAGAGUACAAGAUUCCUGCCCGUCUCACCCUGCAAGUGUGGGAUGCUGACCAUUUCUCUGCAGAUGACUUCUUGGGUGCAGUUGAGCUAGAUUUGAACCGGUUUCCUAGAGGAGCAAAAUCAUCAAAGCUGUGCUCCCUUGACAUGAUUGUUAAUGAACAGGAUCUGCCGACCAUCUCAAUCUUCAAACAGAAAAGGGUGAAGGGCUGGUGGCCUUUUAUGGCACAAAAUGAGAAUGAUGAGCCAGAGCUGACGGGUAAAGUGGAAGCAGAGCUCCAUCUACUGACAGCAGAGGAGGCAGAAAAAAAUCCUGUUGGCCUUGGAAGGAGUGAGCCAGAACCACUGGAAAAACCAAAUCGUCCGGAUACCAGUCUAGUGUGGUUCUUGAACCCCCUGAAGUCCAUACGAUACUUCAUAUGGCACCACUACCGCUGGCUGAUCCUGAAAACACUGGCACUACUGCUGCUCCUCCUGCUCUUCGGCCUCUUUCUCUACUCCAUCCCUGGAUAUGUGGUCAAGAAGCUGUUGGGGGCAUGAUGGGAUAGGGGAAUAUAGCUGGUAGCCCUCUUACAUUCCCCCUUUCUACUCUGUCUUUCUUUUCUCAGACAUGAGCAACCACUGCUAGAAAUAAUUAGGCAUACCUUUAACCCACUUGUUAUGUACUCAAUGAAUGUCUCAUUCAACCAACUCAUAACUUGAUGUUCAUUGUAAAAGUACUCCUUUUUUAUCAUAUAUCCAUCUCAAUCAUGUGAAAUAUAAGCAAUAUUGGAAUAUACACAAUACCCAUUCAUAUGUUUGGGCAUGUUCUUGAGGUAUAUAGUGUCCAGAAAUUUUAAAUAUAUGUACAAAGACUGGUCAUCUUUGUGAAAGUUGUGUGCGUUUAAGUUUAUGUUAUUUGUUUCACAAAAUGAACUGGAAAAAUGUUAUGUAAAUAGCAGUUGUAGCUUUUUGUUGGGGAAAAAAUGACUAAUGUUGAACCAAACAGAAUAUAUGGACUGUGUACUCUUUGGGGUUGUUUUUUUAUUAUUAUUUAAAUUGACCUGAGACACAGUAGAUGCUGCUGUUUAUCUCUUUGUACCAUUAUAGUAGAUCCGAGUUUCACGUGGAACAUUAAGUCAUCCUGUCUCAUCAUGUCUGUCACAUAGUAUUUGCAUGCCACUAUAACUGAAGAUAUGCAUUUUCAACCAUUUCCAGGACGUGAUCUUUGUAUUCAUUAUGUUAUGGUGUUAAAUCCUGAUCAAAUGCAUCUCGGUAGAGAUUAGACUAGAGAUCGAGUAACUCAUUAGAAAAAAAAACAAUGAAAAAAAAAACAAUGAAAGAUCUUUAAUAUUGAUUUUCACCUACUACUAACCACUAAUACAUGCUUUAUUUCUCUACUCUAUUUGCCUUCCACUCACCUCCCCUUCGUAACUUCGUCCUGAAACAGCCGGCCCGACACCACCUUCCUCUGGUUCAUGAGUCCGCUGAAGGCUGUGCGCUACAUGGUGUGCACCCGCUACAAAUGGCUGAUCAUCAAAAUUAUCCUGGGCAUACUGCUGGUGAUCAUGG